CUAUGCAGCGGCGCGGCGCGGGGCUCGGGUGGCCGCGGCAGCAGCAGCAACAACCCCCGCCGCCCGCGGUCGGUCCCCGGGCCGCAGCCAUGGCCCCCCCGAGCAGCGGCGUCCCCCCGGGCCUCGGCGGCCGCCCUGCCUGCGCGCUGCUCCUGUUCUGCUACCUGAACAUCAUGCCGUCUUUGGGCAGGCAGACUUCCCUGACGACGUCGGUGACCCCCAAAGCUGAGCACAGCGUGGCUUACAAAGACUUUAUUUAUUUCACUGUCUUUGAAGGGAAUGUCCGCAAUGUUUCUGAAGUCUCGGUUGAGUAUUUAUGCUCUCAGCCUUGUGUUGUCAAUCUGGAAGCCGUUGUUUCAUCUGAGUUCAGAAGUAGCAUCCCUGUGUACAAAAAGAGGUGGAAGAACGAGAAGCAUCUUCACACCAGCAGGACACAAAUAGUACAUGUGAAAUUUCCAAGCAUCAUGGUUUAUAGAGAUGAUUAUUUCAUCAGACACUCCAUUGCAGUAUCCGCGGUGAUACUACGCGCCUGGAUUACUCACAAAUACAGUGGCGGAGACUUGAAUGUUAAAUGGGAGGAAAAUUUGCUACAUGCUGUAGCGAAGAAUUAUACUCUGCUGAAGACGGUCCCACCUUUCGAACGCCCUUUCAAAGAUCAUCAAGUGUGCUUUGAGUGGAACAUGGAUUAUAUUUGGAACCUUAGAGCAAACAAGAUUCCCCAGUGUCCUCUUGAAAGUGAUGUGGUCACCCUCCUGGGCUUUCUCUAUGCCUCCAGUGGAGAAAACACAGGCAUUGUGAAGAAGUUCCCAAGGUUUCACAACCGAGAGCUGGAGGCCACCCGACGCCAGCGGAUAGAUUACCCAGUGUUUACUGUUUCAUUGUGGCUUUAUUUACUCCAUUAUUGCAAGGCCAAUCUCUGUGGGAUUCUGUACUUUGUUGAUUCUAAUGAGAUGUACGGCACACCAUCUGUAUUUCUCACUGAAGAGGGCCACUUGCAUAUCCAAAUGCAUCUCGUCAAAGGAGAAGACCUUGCUGUGAAAACGAAAUUCACCAUGCCUCUGAAGGAGUGGUUUCGACUGGAUAUCUCUUUUAAUGGAGGCCAGAUCGUAGUCACCACCAGCAUUGGACAGGAUUUGAAAAGCUACCAUAAUCAGACCAUUAGCUUCAGAGAGGAUUUCUAUUAUAAUGACACUGCUGGAUACUUCCUUAUUGGAGGGAGCAGGUAUGUGGCCGGCAUUGAAGGGUUUUUCGGACCCCUGAAGUACCAUCGUCUCCACGCUCUGCAUCCUGCACAGAUUGGUAAUCCCCUCCUUGAGAAGCAACUUGCUGAACAGCUCAAAUUAUAUUAUGAAAGGUGUGCUGAGGUCCAAGAAAUAGUGUUUGUGUACACAUCCACGGUACAGCAAGGGGGCGGGCGACAGGAAGCAUGUGACCUCCGGAACUCCUACCUGGACCUGAAGCUCAGGUACGGGAGACCCUCCACGUGCAGAGCCUUCCCCUGGGAGAAGGAGCUGAGAGACCGGCACCCCAGCUUGUUCCAGACCUUGCUGGAGAUGGGCUUGUGGGCAGUGCCAAGGAACCAAAAUGAAUCUGUAUUAGAAAUCGGCAGGAGGAUAUUUGAGAAGGCUGUAAAGAGACUCUCCAGUGUUGAUGGUCUUCACCAAAUUACCUCUGUUGUCCCCUUUCUGAUGGAUUCUAGCUGCUGUGGAUACCAUAAAGCAUCCUACUACCUCGCAGUCUUUUAUGAAACUGGAUUAACUGUGCCUCGGGAUCAGCUGCAGGGUAUGUUGUAUAGUUUGGUAGGAGGCCAGGGCAGUGAGAGGCUGUCUUCCAUGAAUCUUGGAUACAAACACUACCAGGGUAUUGACAACUACCCCCUGGACUGGGAGCUGUCCUAUGCCUACUACAGCAAUAUUGCCACGAAGACACCCCUUGACCAGCACACGCUACAGGGAGAUCAGGCGUAUGUUGAAACAAUUAGACUGAAGGAUGAUGAAACACUCAAGGUACAGACCAAAGAGGACGGAGAUGUCUUUAUGUGGUUGAAGCAUGAAGCCACCCGAGGCAAUGCGGCAGCUCAGCAACGAUUGGCCCAGAUGCUGUUCUGGGGCCAGCAAGGCGUGGCCAAGAAUCCUGAGGCGGCGAUCGAGUGGUAUGCCAAGGGCGCGCUGGAGACCGAGGACCCUGCAUUAAUAUAUGACUAUGCCAUUGUGUUAUUCAAGGGUCAAGGAGUGAAAAAGAACAGACGGCUUGCUUUGGAGCUGAUGAAGAAAGCGGCUUCCAAGGGAUUGCAUCAGGCAGUCAAUGGCUUGGGAUGGUAUUACCACAAAUUCAAGAAAAAUUAUGCCAAAGCAGCAAAGUACUGGUUAAAAGCAGAAGAAAUGGGGAAUCCGGAUGCAUCGUACAAUCUUGGAGUCCUGUAUUUGGAUGGCAUUUUCCCCGGAAUUCCUGAAAGGAAUCAAACUUUAGCCGGUGAAUAUUUCCAUAAGGCUGCACAGGGCGGACACAUUGAAGGAACCUUGUGGUGUUCUCUCUAUUAUAUCACAGGAAACCUGGAGACAUUCCCUAGAGAUCCCGAGAAGGCUGUUGUAUGGGCAAAGCACGUAGCUGAGAAAAAUGGCUACUUGGGCCAUGUCAUUCGCAAAGGCCUCAAUGCCUACCUGGAGGGCUCAUGGCAUGAAGCUUUGCUGUAUUAUGUUUUAGCAGCAGAAACUGGAAUCGAAGUGUCACAGACAAAUUUAGCACACAUCUGUGAGGAGAGGCCAGACCUGGCCAAGAGAUACUUGGGUGUUAAUUGUGUUUGGAGAUACUAUAAUUUCUCUGUUUUUCAAAUCGGUGCUCCUUCAUUUGCGUAUUUGAAAAUGGGCGACCUUUAUUACUAUGACCACCAAAACCAGUCCCAAGACCUUGAGCUGUCCGUGCAGAUGUACGCCCAAGCAGCGCUGGAUGGAGACUCGCAGGGAUUUUUUAACCUGGCUCUGCUCAUUGAGGAAGGUGCUAUAAUCCCACGUCAUAUUUUAGAUUUCUUGGAAAUUGACCCAACUAUCCAUUCUAAUAACAUCUCCAUCCUCCAGGAACUGUAUGAAAGGUGCUGGAGCCAGAGCAGUGAGGAGUCCUUCAGCCCCUGUUCCCUGGCCUGGCUUUACCUUCACCUGCGGCUCAUCUGGGGUGCUGUCCUGCACUCUGCCCUGAUCUACUUUCUGGGAACCUUCCUACUGUCUGUACUGAUCGCCUGGACCGUGCAGUAUUUCCAGUCUGUUUCAGCCAGUGGUUCCCGUCUGACACCAGCCCGGGCCUCCGCAGACCCCACAGCUCCCACCGCAAGUCCAGCUGUGACUCCAGCUGCAGAUGCCUCCGCUCAGGACCAGCCCACAGUCACUACUAACACAGAGCCUUGAGAGGGAACUCUCUCUGGAUGAGAGAGAAGCCCGUCAGCAGCUGGUAUGGGAAAGCUGGGGCUAGGGCAUUAUACUGAUAAACACCUUACAUUUCUUGUCAACUGGA